AAAAACAAAGGAGUUGGUUACCAUAUGAGACACAUUGUGUCUUUGGAUUGCAUAGAGGGACACAUCUUGCUUUGUAGACACAAUAUCUUUGUCGAAGAAGAAUAAUGGACAUUGUUGCCCCUGAUUAAGGGAGACCGAACUUUCUGUCUGGUUAUGGAACCGGUUUGCAAGCUGUAAGACCGGGUUGCUAGCUGUCUGUCUUAUCCAUUACCAAAAGCGGGGAAGAAAUUCUCACCGUAGGAUAAAAGAAAAAGCAAGUUUGAUCCUACGGUUAGAUUUGAAAGUAGGUUUUGCCAAGGACGUGGAUAAAAUGCGUGUUUGUCGUUGGGGAGCAAGAAAGAGCGACGUUCUUCUGGGGAUUUGCAAUAGAGAGAACGUAGGUUAAUAUUUUUUUUUUGUCUAUGAUUGUUGAUGAAUGUUUUGUAAAAUUGGAUCUUGUAUUCAAUCAAAUGUGUUCUUGCGCAUGGUGCAUGUGCUAUGGAAGACCAGUGCAUGGUGAUGUGUGGCGACUGGGUUUGUGGGGAUGGAUGUAAGUGGGAAUUUGUGGUCGACAAAAGGCAGAUGGCACGGCUUGUACCGAUUUCCGAGUCUAUUGCACUGAAAGAACUUCAAGAGAGUGUUUUGCGGGAGUUCGGUAAGGAGGAGAAGCUUUGGGAACCUAUUCUUAGUUACUGGACGCCAACAAGCUUCGAGUUAGCGACGGGGAUUCGAACGCCUCCUGUGCAGCUUACAAGUGAUGGAGCUAUCAAGUACUUUGUUCAGCACGUGAAGGUGAAGGGGGCUAUGAAUCUGUUUGUUAGGUUCGAGAGGAACGUGACGUUUUCUGAGAAGGACAAUGUUGACGACUCGGGGAUGGGUUUUGUAACUCCGGUUGCAUUUGGACCAAAGAGUUCUUCAAAGUUAGGCUCUGGAACUUCGAACGGAGGAUAUGUAUCGACGGGUGCUUCUAAAUCUAACAUUGUUGACUUGCAAGAUGUAGAGUUUCUGAGUGAAGUGGAGAGAGUUGAGGAGGUAAUUAAAGGCGGUAGCGAGGGUGGAAAAGGAGAAGCUUUAAGCAAGAGUAGUGUUGGGGAGGAAGAAACUGUGGUGGAAGAAGUGGACGAGCUUGACGUGAGACCUCGAGGUUAUGACGAAGAUUUCUGGAGCCCACUACUGAAAACUGACUACAAAGGUUCGAAUGCUGUUAAUGUCAUCUACAAUGAGGAGGAGAUUGUUGCUGGUUUGACAAAGAGUAGUGGUCCACGGCGUUACACUUGCACCACCAAUGACGCGUUUGACCAUGUUGUUGAAGUCGGUGGUAGUAGCAGUGGUGUAAAUUUGCCAAAAGAUGAGGACUUUGGCAAACAGAACCCAUGGCUGCAUGGCGUGGAUGAGGGUGUUGGUGUGGACAGGCAGAGGAGGUCGUCCACAAGGAAGCUAGAUCAAGUUGAUGAUGAAGAGUUUGAUAUCCCUCCUCUGUUUGAUGAUACUAGCUAUGCCGCAGCAGAGAUUCCGGACAUGGAUUUAGAUGAGAGAGAUGGAAGGAUACAUGUUGGGAAGGUUUUUGGUAACAAAGAAGAUUGUCAGAUAUCGUUGGCGAUAUAUGCAAUCAAAAACCAAUUCCAUUUCAAACAAACGAGAACAAAGGUUGAUUCUUUUGUUGUGGAAUGUCCAGAUGAACACUGUGACUGGAGAGUUACAGCUCAUGAGAUCAGGGGGUGUGGUUAUUAUGAGAUAAGGAAAGCUCAACUUGAUCAUAGUUGUCCCAUCGAGUCAAGGCAGGGGUAUAAGAGCAAAGCUACUUCGCGGGUUAUUGCGGCAGUUUACAAAGCUAAGUUUGGGGAACCUGGUAAAGGACCAGUGCCUGCGGAAUUACAGAGGCUAGUGCUCGAGGAUCUUCGAGUGACUGCAUCGUACAUGAAGUGCUAUAGGGCGAAAGAGAAAGCUAUCAUGGACAUUCGUGGAUCAGAAGAAGACUCCUACUUGAAGCUGCCAGAGUAUUUGCACAUGUUAAAACUUGCAAAUCCUGGCACGGUUGCUGAUCUGGAGACUGAGGUGGAUGAGGAUGGAGAUGAGCGAUUUCUUUAUAUGUUCCUUGCGUUUGGGGCGUCCAUAGAUGGGUUUAAAAAGCUGCGUCGUGUCCUGGUGAUAGAUGGUACACACUUAGGAGGGAAGUACAAGGGGGUGCUGUUGACUGCAAGUGGACAAGAUGCAAACUUUCAGAUCUUUCCUCUUGCUUAUGCUAUUGUGGACAGUGAAAAUACAGAAGCGUGGACAUGGUUUCUACAAAAGGUUGAGCGUAUAUUGGCUGAUUCCCCAAGUCUUGCCAUUAUAUCUGAUCGUGCAACAUCAAUUUCUAAUGCUGUGAAACGUGUCUAUCCAUCUGCUCAACAUGGGGCGUGCAUUGUCCACUUAGCAAGGAACGUUAACUCCCGCUACUCGAGCAAGAACUUGGCGAAGAUGGUGACUGCUGCUGCAACUGCAUACAGACAACGGGACUACAGGGAGCUGUACGCUAAGGUCAGAGCAACUAACAGUGCAUGCGGAGUUUAUUUGGGGAAUAUCGGUGUGGCUCAUUGGUCGCGGUCGAACUUUGCGGGUGAGCGCUAUAAUAUCAUGACUAGCAAUAUAGCUGAGCAGCUUAACAACGCUUUGAGGGAAGGGAGGACGUCACCAAUAAUGGAGUUGGUGAUAUUCAUUCAAAGGAUGAUGACAAGGUGGUUCUGUGCUAGGAGAAAGAAAGCAGAGAAGCAUAGGGGGGUUGUUAGCGUGGAAGUUGAUAAAGAGAUGACCUCUAAUAUGGCAACAAUGAAGGGUAGUAAAGUGAACUCUGUCUCUAAUUGGACUUGUGAAAUUGUGGGAAAAUUUGGAGGAAAGGAGCGUGUGAUGCUUGCUGAGAAGCAAUGUAGCUGCAAGUAUUUUGAUAAAAUAAAAAUACCUUGUGGCCAUGCUAUGAUAGCUGCUGACAGUUUGGGAGUGACUUAUGAAACAUUGGUGGGUCACUGGUACAAGACUUCGACUUGGAGGGAGACAUAUGGUGGGAUAAUUAAUCCAGAGGGAGAUCCUAGGGAUGUUGAUGUUCCGGAACACGUUAAGAAUAUGGUGUUAAUGCCGCCCUUGACGACGAGGCCAGCUGGGCGUCGUAUGAAGAACAGGAUUCCUUCAACUGGUGAAUUUCCGGUAAGUACAUGCAUAGUUCUUUAGAUCAUUGAAUGUGCGGGAUUGUAGGAUCUUGUAGUACUUGAAUGUUUUUGAUUUGUGUUUCAGGUUGCGAAGAAGACAAAGCUGGUUCCAAAUAAGUGUGGGAGGUGUCAUUGUGAAGGGCACAAUAGGACCCGUUGCACAAACCCAAUAUAGAGAUUGAGGCAGUGGGAGGGAGUUUUUGUUCGAAGUCAUUACUUGGCUAGCACAUUAUCGUAUGAAUAAGUUUUUGAAUAAGAAACGAACUUGAUCAUGUAAUGUUAUGAGUGGUUUUGUGACAUUUGAGUUGGAGAAGUAUUAUGGUUUGAGUUGUUUAGUGGUAAAGACUAUUACUUUGCUAUUGUAUUUGAGAGGAUAAUUGUGUUUGCAUUGAUUAAGGUUUAUUUGGUAUUCCUGGUAGGGUUAUGUAGCUCUUUUGCAAGCUGAUUUACUAUAAGAGUAAUUGUGACUCCGUACAUGCAAUUGUUUGUCUUAAGUAUUAGAUGUGGAUAAUGGAUAGUACUUGUGUUCGAUAUAUAUAGUGUACAUGCACGGAGGUGUGAACGUAAUUGCAAGCUGAUUAGCUUAAGGUGUGAUAAAGUAGUAGAUGUGGACAAUAGGGCUAGGACUUGUGUUCGAUGUAUAACGUGUACAUGAAUGGAGGUGUGGACGUAAGGUGUGAUUAAGUAGUAGAUGUGGACAAUGGCUAGGACUUGUGUUCGAUGUAUAACGUGUACAUGAAUGGAGGUGUGGACGUGAAAUCGAUUGGUAAUUGUACAAAGAUGUAGGCUAAGGCAAAAUGGAAAGGAGAGCAGUUGUAGGAAAGUCAUAAACAUAAUAUGUUACAUAACGAUUGUCUAGAAGCAAAACACCAAGAAACAGAAAAAGUUGCAUAGACCAAGACACAUAAGUUGCAUAAACCAUAAGUUUUAGUUUCAGACAACACUAAUAGAGACAUGACGAAAUGGAAUUUUGAUCAAGGAAAAGUAGGAACGUAGUAAGCAGGUAGGACGAUGGUUUUGUAGACAUCCAUGGCAUACUGUUUGCGUAGAUCAUCAACGGUCCCGUCAGUAAUUCUUGACAUGUGGGGGAGAGGAUCACCGUGAGAGUGUAGCUCCAUAAACUUGAUGCUGACUGGACCACAAUCACCCGACCGCUCAUUUAUGUAGCUUCCGGUGAUCCUUUCCCAAUGAAAAGGCUUCAGUCCACGGAACUGAGUCUGCUGUGGUUUAGCAACCUUCUUGACGAGGUAGGGCAGUGAAGUGAGGAUGGGGUCCAUGAGCUUCUGCACUUUGUUAUCUCCAUACAACGUUGGGAGUGGGUCUAGGAUCUCAACAUAUCCCAUGUCGAGGUUUAUAGCUAGUCCCACCCAGUGACGAUCCUCCCAGAUCAUAGGAGUGUAUAUCGUAAACACAUCUUCCAUCCAUUUCUUCCCUGGCUGAAGCACCAACUCAGUCAGACGGGUGUCCCAUUUGAAUCGGUCUUUCCUUGCCAAUUUCUUGAACCCCUUGAAGACCUCCUGAAUCCCGGAUGCUAGAUACGGUGUUGUGAAAGCAAGCUUCUCUCGAUCAAGGAGCUCUCUGUGCCUUCCAGCAAGCAUGUACAUCAAAAUUUCCAUAUGCUGGACCAUAACGUCACAUGUUAUUCAACAGAAUAUGAGAAAGAGCCAGAGUAAUCAUAAAGAGAAACAGAAAAAGCAAAGGAGCUUAGAAGGGGACUCGAACUUACAAAUGUGGUGACCCAUUUCUGCGGCUGAGCUAUUUCCAAUAUGAAUCUGUUGGAGAAGUCAAAUUGGGACGGAGUAAUGUGGAAUCUGUGAUAGUGUUAGAACAUGAAUUAAGAGUUGUUGAAAGAAUGAAAAUGUUAAAAAAGCAAAAAUGUUGCAUGCGAUGAAGGUUUGGAUCAAGGUACGUACGCUUGCGUAUUUGCUGUGAGAGUCGCGUGGAAGAGGUCCCACUGGUGCUGCGGAAGCGGAGCGAUGAGGGCUAGUGCUGGAAUUGAAGGGCAUUUGAAGAGUUCUUCUGCAAGGUUGCAUUCUUCAUCUGAUGGCUGAUGUCUUGGGGUUGGCUUUACAGGGCUGGAGUCGCUAAGUUCAACAACUUCUUCGUCAGAUAGGUUUUCCUGCACUCAAGAAAUGAAGGCAGUUACGGGAGUGGUGGGAAGAAAAGUAAGGAAAAAAAACAGUACCUGACUCUUUUCCACGUUUAAGGUUGGGAGGGAGGUUCGUUUUGAUGUAGCGGUAGCAACGAAUGCAUUGACAGAUGAGGCAUGUUCAGCAAAUCCGCUACUCUUAGUUGGAGACGUAUCGGGUGUGAUGGGGUUUAGUGGGGGUUUAGGAGUAGCUCGGUGGGUUGAUGUGUCGUAUCUAGGAUUAUUCAGUGAUGGGGGGCAGGACUGUUGGGCUCGAAGAUUUCAAAACCUUGGAAUCGAAGUUGGUGGUAAUGAUGGUCACUAGUAUCGUAGAUGGGUGUAGUGGGUUCGGCUUGGUUAUGGACGGGGGUGGUGUGGAUGGGGGUGGUGUGGAUGGGGGUGGUGUGGACGGGGGUGAUGUGGAUGAGGGAGGUGUGGACGGAGGAAGUGUGGACGGGAGAGGUGUGGAUGGGAGAGGUGUGGAUGGGAGAGGUGUGGACGGGGGAGGUGUCGACGGGGGAGUUGUGGACGGGGGAGAUGUGGACGGGGGAGUUGUGGACGGAGGAAUUGUGGACGGGGGAGUUGUGGACGGGGAAGUUGUGGAUUAUAGGGUUUGGUUCAAUGGGGGUGUGUUUGGGUAAGGUGUAAAAGGUGGUGGUGUGUACGGGUGUGGUUUGUUCAGGUUCUGUAGGGAGAUGUGUUGUGUGGACCGGAGUUGACUCGCUGGAAGGUUGGCCGUAGAGCUGAGCUGCAUAUUGGCUGACAACAGGGGAGGUGCAUUCCGGAUGAUCUUCCUCCAUAGGUGCCGGGGACUGCAACGACGUUGACAGACAUACAUAAAAGUCAAUAAAUUGCAACAGAAACGCGAGAAGAUUA